CAUGCACACCGUCACAGCCCACGCAAUCCUCUUCGAUCUCGACGGCACCUUAAUCGACUCGACUCCCGGCGUCCUAAAAGCCUGGCAUGCCUUUGCCACUGACUAUGGCUUUGACGCCGCAGACGUCGCACGCAGGGCCCACGGCCGCCGGCUGUGCGACACUCUCAAGGAGUACUGCCACAUCCACGACGAGGAAAAGCUCCAGGCAGAGAUCGUCCGCUUCGAAGAGCUCGUCAUCCGCGGCAGCCCUCUCGUCCUCCCGGGUGCACUCAACCUUCUGCAUCGCAUCGGGGCAGGGCCCCCCGAGGCCGCGUCCGGCUGGACGAUCGUCACCUCCGCGACAAACGUGUACGCCGCCCGCGCCUUCGAGCGGUGCGCGCUGCCGCUGCCGCCCCUUGGCCUCGUCACGUCCAACGACGUCGUGAACGGCACGCCCCUCCCCGACCCGUACCUCGCCAGCGCGCGUCGGCUAGGCGUCGACCCCGCGAACUGCCUCGUCGUCGAGGACGCGCCGUCCGGGAUUCUUGCAGGUCGCGCGGCAGGCUGCAAGGUCAUCGCCGUCUGCACCUCACACACACGGCAGUCGCUGCUCGACUCGGGCGCGCGGCCAGACUACAUUGUCAGGGACCUCACGCGGAUAUCGGCGCGCUGGAUCGGCGAGAUCCUUGAGGUGACCAUCGAUGACGCGUAAGAGCUGUCUCAGCUGAAGCGCGGACAUGGGUCCGGUAGUUGUCGUAGCUCUUGGGACAUACGUGUGGUUUUCGCUUUUCUCUCUCUCUUUCUCGGGCAUAAAUUGGGCAUCCUGACAAGUCUUCAUGCACCGCGUUCAUCAAGCGUGCAUUGCACGAAUAGAGCAUCCUGU